AUGACCACUUCAUCUGCUCCCAUAACCAACGGUGUGCAUCCGAGCAAGCCUAAUAUCGUCGUCGUUGGCGGAUCGUAUGUCGGAGGCAAGGCAGUCGAGUUCAUCGCCGCUGCAAUGCACAACACUCACAAAGUUGUGCUGGUGGAAAAGAAUUCUCAUUUCCAGCACUUGUUCGCCUUUCCUCGCUUCGCGAUUCUCCCUGGACACGAACACAUGGCGUUUAUCCCAUACAAAGCCGAAGCCUUCCUCAACCCAGGCAUGCCGCCUGGGGUUGAUCAGGGAGUGCUUAAGGGCUACACUGGUCCAACACCAUCAGAUGCCGUUGAAAUCCUCCAGGCGACAGUCACAGAAGUGCUUCCCGACAAGGUCCUACUUGAACCCGGGAAGGGCUCGCCUGCUCCCACGGAAUUGCCUUAUGAGUACCUCGUCAUCGCUACAGGAACUCGAUUACCUUCUCCUGGAACACUACAUAUCGAGGGGAAGGCUGCAGGAAUUGCAUACUUCCAAGAGUAUCAAGAGCAAACCAAGAAUGCGAACAACAUUGCGAUCAUCGGCGCCGGCGCCAUAGGGGUCCAGAUGGCAACAGACGUCAAGGAAUAUUAUCCAAACAAGCAUGUCACGCUCAUCCAUUCCCGCUCUCAUCUCAUGAACAAAUUCCAUCCCAAAAUGCAUGAGCUCAUCUUGACGAGGUGCAAAGAACUCGGGAUCGACGUCAUCUUGGAAGACCGCGUCAUUGUCCCGGAAGGAGGCUUCCCGGUAGGGAAAGGCGAGUUCAAUAUCAAGCUGAAGAGCGGGAAAACAAUCAAGGCAGACUGUGCUAUCCUGUGCACCGGCCAGGUGCCGUUGAGUGGUCUCUUGCGCCCCCUCUCACCCUCCUCCAUAACUCCAUCUGGCCAUAUACACGUGAAACCCGCACUACAACUUGACGACCCUAACUACCCAAAGAUCUUCGCCAUAGGGGAUGUUGCGGACACUGGAGGGCAGAAAGCUGCUCGACCAGGCUUCAAACAGGCAAUAAUUGUUGCAAAGAAUAUCAAAACUCUGGCCGAUGCCCAUGGCGGACACCGGUGGUACAAAGGCGACCCUUCCGGCAUCCAUUUGACAUUGGGAAUGGUACGUACUCAUCGAAAUGUGCUGUUCCAGAAUCCGCCAUUCGACACACCUGAUGCAGAACCGAGAGUAAAUCUCAAAGAUGAUGGCCAUGCGGAUAUGGGAGUGAAACGACAGUGGCGUACUAGAGCACCUGGCAUUACCGACUACUAUGCGUAG